GUUCUCACUUGGUGCUUAGACAAAAUCAAAAUGAGGAAGCAUCGACAUUUGCCUUUAGUGGCCAUCUUUUGCCUUUUUUUCUCAGGCUUUUCCUUUACUCGUGCACAACAACAAGCAGAUGUCAAAAAUGGCGCUGCUGCCGAUAUAAUAUUUCUAGUGGAUUCCUCUUGGAGCAUUGGAAAGGAACAUUUCCAACUUGUUCAAGAGUUUCUAUAUGAUGUUAUAAAAUCCUUAGCUGUGGGAGAAAACGAUUUCCGUUUUGCUCUGGUCUGGUUCAACGGCAGCCCAGAUACCGAGUUCCUGUUAAAUACGUAUCGUUCUAAACAAGAAGUCCUCUCCCAUGUUUCCAACAUGUCUUAUACUGGGGGAAGCAAUCAGACUGGAAGAGGAUUAGAAUACGUAAUGCAAAAUCACCUCACUGAGGCUGCCGGAAGCCGGGCCAGAGAUGGAGUCCUUCAGGUUAUCAUAGCGUUAACCGAUGGACACUCGAAGGAUGCCCUUGCUCUGCCUUCAGCGGAACUUAAAUCUGCUGAUGUUAACGUGUUUGCAAUUGGAGUUGAGGAUGCAGAUGAAGGAGCGUUAAAAGAAACAGCAAGUGAACUGCUCAAUACGCAUAUUUUCAACCUAGAGAAUUUUACCUCACUUCAUGACAUAGUAGGAAACUUAGUGGCCUGUGUGCAUUCAUCCAUGACUCCAGAAAGGGCUGGAGGCACAGAGACCCUUAAAGACAUCACAGCACAAGACUCUGCUGACAUUAUUUUCCUAAUUGAUGGAUCAAACAACACCGGAAGUGUCAAUUUCGCAGUCAUUCGCGACUUCCUUGUAAAUCUCCUUGAGAGACUCUCAGUUGGAACUCAGCAGAUCCAAGUGGGGGUGGUCCAGUAUAGCGAUGAGCCCAGAACCCUGUUCUCCUUAAACAGCUAUUCCACCAAGGCUCAGGUUCUGGACGCAGUGAAAGCCCUGGGGUUCAUCGGUGGGGAGAUGGCCAAUGUCGGCCUUGCCCUUGAUUUUGUGGUGCAGAAUCACUUCACCCGGGCAGGGGGCAGCCGAGUGGAGGAAGGGGUUCCCCAGGUGCUGGUCCUCAUAAGUGCUGGGCCUUCUAGUGAUGAAAUCCGAGACGCAGUCAUAGCACUGAAGCAGGCUAGCAUUUUCUCGUUUGGCCUCGGAGCCCAGGCCGCCUCCAAGGCAGAGCUUCAGCACAUAGCUACCAAUGACAACUUGGUGUUUACUGUCCCGGAAUUCCGUAGCUUUGGGGACGUCCAGGAGCAAUUACUGCCGUACAUUGUUGGCGUGGCCCAAAGGCACAUUGUCUUGCAACCGCCAACCAUUGUCACCCAAGUCAUUGAAAUCAACAAGAGGGACAUAGUUUUCCUGGUCGAUGGCUCUUCUGCCCUGGGACUGGUCAGCUUCAAUGCAAUCCGCGACUUCGUUGCCAAGGUCAUCCAGAGGCUGGAGAUCGGACAGGAUUAUAUCCAAGUGGCAGUGGCUCAGUACGCAGACACCGUGAGGCCGGAGUUUUAUUUCAAUACCUACCCCACCAAGAGGGAGGUCAUGACCGCCGUGAGGAAAAUGAAGCCCAUGGAUGGCUCGGCCUUGUACACAGGCUCUGCUCUGGACUUUGCUCGGAACAACCUGUUCACGGGGGCGGCCGGCUAUCGGGCCGCCGAGGGGGUCCCUAAGCUUUUGGUGCUGAUUACAGGUGGUAAGUCCUUAGAUGAAGUCAGCCAGCCUGCCCAGGAGCUGAAGAGAAGCGGCAUCAUGGCCUUUGCCGUCGGGAACAAGGUGGCCAACCGGGCUGAGCUGGAAGAGAUCGCUUUCGAUUCCUCCCUGGUGUUCAUUCCUGCCGAGUUCCGAACCGCCCCUUUGCAGGGUGUGCUGCCUGGCUUGCUGGCGCCUCUCAGGACCCUCUCUGGAACCACUGAAGUUCACGUAAACAAAAGGGAUAUCAUCUUUCUUUUGGAUGGAUCGUUCAACGUUGGAAAGACCAAUUUCCCUUACGUGCGGGACUUUGUCAUAAAUGUAGUUAACAGCCUUGAUGUUGGAAGCGACCACUUCCGUGUCGGUUUAGUGCAAUUUAGUGACACUCCAGUGACGGAGUUCUCUCUGAACACCUACCAGACCAAGUCAGAUUUGCUAGCUCACCUGAGGCAGCUGCAGCUCAAGGGGGGUUUGGGCCUGAACACGGGCGCAGCCCUAAGCUAUGUCUAUGACAACCACUUCACCGAAGCCGGCGGCAGCAGGAUCCGGGACCGAGUGCCGCAACUCCUGCUCUUGCUCACAGCCGGGCAGUCUGAGGACUCCUAUUUGCAAGCUGCCAAUGCCCUAGCACACGCAGGCAUCCUGACCUUUUGCGUGGGCACUAGCCAGGCCAAUAAGGCAGAGCUUGAGCAGAUUGCUUUUAACCCGAGCCUGGUGUAUCUCAUGGAUGAUUUCAGCUCCCUGCCUGCUUUGCCUCAGCAGCUGAUUCAGCCCCUAACCACUUAUGUUAGUGGAGGUGUGGAGGAAGUGCCACUCGCCCAGCCAGAGAACAAGCGAGACAUCCUGUUCCUCUUUGAUGGCUCAGCCAAUCUCGUGGGCCAGUUCCCUGCCGUCCGUGACUUCCUCUACAAGGUCAUUGAUGAGCUGGAUGUGAAACCUGACAGGACCCGGAUUGCGGUGGCUCAGUACAGCGAUGAUGUCAGGGUGGAGUCCCGUUUUGAUGAGCACCAGAACAAGCCCGAGAUCCUGAAUCUCGUGAAGAGAAUGAAGAUCAAGACGGGCAAAGCCCUCAACCUGGGCUAUGCCCUGGACUACGCACAGAGGUACAUCUUUGUGAAGUCUACUGGAAGCCGGGUCGAGGAUGGAGUGCUUCAGUUCCUGGUGCUGCUGGUGGCGGGAAGGUCAUCCGAUCGUGUGGACAGGCCAGCUCUCAACCUGAAACAGAGUGGGGUGGUGCCCUUCAUCCUCCAGGCCAAGAACGCAGACCCCGCCGAGCUGGAGCAGAUAGUACCGUCCCCCGCCUUUAUCUUGGCUGCAGAGUCCCUUCCCAAGAUUGGAGACCUUCAACCACAGAUCGUAAACCUCUUAAAAUCGGUGCAAAAUGGGGCGCCAACACCAGUUUCAGUUGAAAAGGAUGUGGUGUUUCUGAUCGACGGCUCCGAGGGUGUCAGGAGCGGCUUCCCGCUGUUGAAAGAGUUUGUCCAGAGAGUGGUGGAGAGCCUGGACGUGGGUGCGGACCGGGUGCGUGUAGCUGUGGUGCAGUACAGCGACCGGACCAGGCCCGAGUUCUACCUGAAUUCCUACAUGGACCAGCAGAGCAUCGUCAGUGCCAUCCGCGGGCUGACGCUGCUGGGCGGGCCAACCCCCAACACCGGGGCCGCCCUGGACUUUGUCCUGAGGAACAUCCUGAUUGGCUCCGCUGGAAGCCGCAUAGCAGAAGGCAUCCCCCAGCUCCUCAUCGUCCUUGCGGCCGACAGGUCUGGGGAUGAUGUGAGCGGCCCCUCGGUGGUCCUGAAGAGGGGAGGGGCCGUGCCUAUCGGCAUCGGCAUCGGGAACGCUGACAUCACCGAGAUGCAGACCAUCUCCCUCAUCCCGGACUUCGCAGUGGCCAUUCCCACCUUCCGGCAGCUGGGCACCGUCCAACAGGUCAUCUCCGAGAGAGUGACCCAGCUCAGCCGCGAGGAGCUGAGCAGGUUGCGGGCAUCUGUGGUCCCUGUAACAAGCCCGGGUGUCGGCGGCAAGAGGGAUGUGGUCUUUCUCAUCGAUGGGUCCCAAAGUGCCGGCCCCGAGUUUCAGUACAUCCGUACCCUCAUUGAGAGGCUGGUUGACUACCUAGAUGUGGGCUUCGACAUGACCCGGGUGGCGGUCAUCCAGUUCAGCGAGGACCCCAGGGUGGAGUUCCUGCUGAACGCCCACUCCAGCAAGGACGAGGUGCAGAACGCGGUGAGGAGGCUGCGGCCCAAAGGUGGGAGGCAGAUCAACAUUGGGGGCGCCCUGGAGUACGUGUCAAGGAAUAUCUUCAAGAGGCCUCUGGGGAGCCGGAUUGAAGAGGGAGUCCCUCAGUUCCUGAUCCUCAUUUCUUCCGGGAAGUCUGAUGAUGAGGUAGAUGAAUCGGCAGUAGAGCUCAAGCAGUUUGGCGUGGCGCCACUUAUAAUCGGAAGGAACGCAGACCAGGAGCAGUUGGUGAAGAUCUCCCUGAGCCCUGAAUACGUGUUCUCAGUGAGCACCUUCCGGGAGCUGCCGAGCCUGGAGCAGAAACUGCUGACACCCAUCACAACCCUAACCUCCGAGCAGAUACAGCAGCUCCUGGCCAGCACGCGCUACCCUCCUCCAGCCGUGGAGAGCGAUGCUGCAGACAUCGUCUUCCUCAUCGACACCUCUGACAGUGUGAGGCCGGAUGGCAUUGCACACAUUCGGGACUUUGUUAGCAGGGUCGUGCGGAGACUUAACAUUGGCCCUAAUAAAGUGAGGAUUGGGGUCGUGCAGUUCAGCAAUGAUGUCUUCCCAGAGUUUUACCUGAAGACCUAUAAAUCCCAGGCCAGUGUGCUGGAUGCCAUACGUCGCCUGAGGUUCAAAGGGGGGUCUCCGCUGAACGCUGGCAAAGCUCUGGAAUUCGUGGCAAGGAAUUUCUUUGUCAAGUCUGCUGGGAGCCGGAUAGAAGACGGGGUGCCCCAACACCUGGUUCUGUUUCUGGGUGGCAAAUCCCAGGACGAUGUUUCCAGGUAUUCCCAGGUGAUAAGCUCCGCGGGGAUUGCGAGUUUAGGAAUAGGAGACCGAAACAUCGACAGAAUGGAGCUGCAGACCAUCACCAACAACUCCAGACUAGUCUUCACGGUUCGGGAGUUCAGAGAGCUCCCCAACAUAGAAGAAAGGGUCAUGAACUCCUUUGGACCCUCCAGGGUCACCCCUGCCCCUCCGGGAGUGGACAUGCCCUCUCCCUCACGGCCAGAGAAAAAGAAAGCAGACAUUGUGUUCCUGUUGGAUGGUUCCAUCAAUUUCCGGAGGGACAGUUUCCAGGAAGUGCUCCAUUUCGUGUCUGAAAUUGUGGACACGGUUUAUGAAGGGGGGGACUCCAUCCAAGUGGGGCUGGUCCAGUACAACUCUGACCCCACUGACGAAUUCUUCCUGAAGGACUUUUCCACCAAGCAGCAGAUUAUUGAUGCCAUCAACAAGGUGGUCUACAAAGGGGGGAGGCAUGCAAACACCAAGGUGGGCCUGGAGCACCUGCGGCUGAAUCACUUCGUGCCAGAGGCAGGCAGCCGCCUGGAUCAGAGAGUCCCGCAGAUUGCCUUUGUGGUCACCGGAGGAAGGUCGGUGGAGGAUGCCCAGGAGGCGAGCCUGGCACUCACCCAGAGAGGUGUCAAAGUGUUCGCAGUGGGCGUGAGGAACAUCGACUCAGAGGAGGUGGGGAAGAUCGCGUCCAACAGUGCCACGGCGUUCCGAGUGGGGAGCGUCCAGGAGCUGUCGGAAUUGAGCGAGCAGGUUUUGGAAACUCUGCAUGACGCGAUGCAUGAAACCUUAUGUCCUGGUGUGCCUGAUGUUUCCAAAGUCUGUAACCUGGAUGUGAUUCUGGGCUUUGAUGGCUCAAGAGAUCAGAACAUAUUUGUGGCUCAGAGGGGCUUUGAGUCCAAGAUGGACACCAUCCUGAAUAGAAUCAGCCAGAUGCAAAGAAUCAGCUGCAGCGGCGGCCAGCUGCCCACGGUGCGGGUGUCCGUGGUGGCCAACACGCCCUCAGGCCCCGUGGAGGCCUUUGACUUUGCUGAGUACCAGCCAGAGCUGUUUGAGAAGUUCCAGAGCAUGCGCACCCAGCAGCCCUACAUCCUCACCGCGGACACUCUGAAGCUCUACCAGAACAAGUUCCGGCAGGCCUCGCCAGACAGUGUGAAGGUGGUCAUUCAUUUUACUGAUGGGGUGGAUGGAGAUCUGGCUGAUUUACAAAGAGCAUCGGAGGAACUCCGACAAGAAGGCGUCCGAGCUCUGAUCUUCGUGGGCCUUGAACGUGUCGCCAACUUGGAGCAGCUGAUGCAGCUGGAGUUUGGGCGAGGAUUCAUGUACAACCGGCCCCUGAGACUGAACUUGCUGGACCUAGACUAUGAACUAGCGGAGCAACUUGACAACAUUGCAGAGAAAGCCUGCUGUGGGGUUCCCUGCAAAUGCUCUGGACAAAGAGGAGACCGAGGGCCCAUUGGCAGCAUUGGGCCAAAGGGUAUUCCUGGAGAAGAUGGCUAUCGAGGUUAUCCUGGUGACGAGGGUGGACCUGGUGAGCGCGGCCCGCCUGGUGUGAACGGCACUCAAGGUUUUCAGGGCUGCCCCGGGCAGAGGGGCAUAAAGGGCUCUCGUGGAUUCCCAGGAGAGAAGGGUGAAUUAGGAGAAAUUGGACUGGAUGGUCUUGACGGUGAAGAUGGAGACAAAGGAUUGCCUGGUAUUUCUGGAGAGAAAGGGAAUCCAGGAAGAAGGGGUGACAAAGGACCCAAAGGAGACAAAGGAGAAAGAGGGGAUGUUGGGAUCAGAGGUGACUCGGGUAACUCAGGACAGGACAGCCAGCAGAGAGGACCCAAAGGAGAAACCGGAGACAUCGGCCCCAUGGGUCUCCCUGGGACAGAUGGGGUGUCUGGCGGGCCUGGAGAACCCGGGAAAAGCGGCGGCUUUGGCCGAAGGGGACCAGCAGGGGCUAAGGGCAACAAGGGCGGUCCCGGCCAGCCAGGCUCUGUGGGAGAGCAGGGGACCAGAGGUGCACAGGGUCCUCCUGGUCCCACCGGCCCUCCAGGCCUGAUCGGUGAACAAGGCAUUCUUGGACCUCGGGGAAACGGGGGGACCGCAGGUGCUCCUGGAGAACGUGGCAGAACCGGGCCCCUGGGAAGAAAGGGUGAGCCUGGAGAUCCAGGACCCAAGGGAAGCAUCGGGAACCGAGGCCCUCGUGGGGAGACGGGAGAUGACGGACGGGAUGGAGUUGGCAGUGAGGGACGCAGAGGCAAAAAAGGAGAAAGAGGAUUCCCCGGAUACCCAGGAGCAAAGGGCAAUCCUGGUGAGCCGGGGACCGACGGAGCACUGGGACCCAAAGGCAUCAGAGGCCGAAGGGGAAAUGCGGGACCUCCAGGGAUAGCUGGACAGAAGGGAGACCCUGGUUACGCAGGACCAUCUGGUUACAAAGGCAGCAGAGGUGACUCGAUGGACCAAUGUGCCCUUGUCCAGAGCAUCAAAGAUAAAUGUCCUUGCUGCUACGGGCCCCUGGAAUGCCCUGUCUUCCCGACGGAGCUGGCCUUCGCCUUGGACACCUCCGAGGGGGUCACCCAGGACGCGUUCAGCCGGAUGAGGGAUGUGGUCCUGAAGAUCGUGGACGACCUGACCAUCGCCGAGAGCAACUGCCCGCGGGGGGCCCGCGUGGCCGUGGUCACCUACAACAAUGAGGUCACCACGGAGAUCCGCUUUGCUGACUCCAGGAAGAAGUCUGUUCUCCAGGACAAGAUCAAAAACCUUCAGGUGGCUCUGACAUCCAAGCAACAGAGUCUGGAAACUGCCAUGUCCUUCGUGGCCAGAAACACGUUUAAGCGGGUGCGGAAUGGAUUCCUGAUGAGGAAGGUGGCUGUUUUCUUCAGCAAUAAACCCACGAGGGAGUCCCCGCAGCUCAGGGAGGCCGUGCUCAAGCUCUCGGAUGCUGGGAUCACACCAUUGUUCCUCACGAGCCAGGAGGACUGGCAGCUGGUCAACGCCCUGCAGAUCAAUAACACAGCGGUGGGUCAUGCCCUUGUCCUACCAGCUAGCGGAGACCUCACGGACUUCUUGACGAAAGUCCUGACUUGUCACGUUUGCUUGGACAUCUGCAACAUCGACCCAUCCUGUGGAUUUGGCAACUGGAGGCCUUCCUUCAGGGACCGGAGAGCAGCGGGCAGCGACGUGGAUAUCGACAUGGCUUUCAUCUUAGAUAGCUCCGAGUCCACCACUCUGUUCCAGUUCAACGAGAUGAGGAAGUACAUACUGUACCUGGUCCAACAGCUGGACAUGAGCCCGGACCCCAAGGCCUCCCAGCACUUCGCCAGAGUGGCGGUCGUGCAGCAUGCACCCUAUGAGUCUGUGGGCAACGCCAGCGUGCCGCCUGUGAAGGUGGAAUUCUCCCUGACUGACUACGGCUCCAAGGAGAAGCUCCUGGCCUUCCUCGGAAGCAGGAUGGCACAGCUCCAGGGGACCAGGGCUUUGGGCAGUGCCAUCGACUAUACCAUUGAGAACAUCUUUGAAAGUGCACCCAACCCACGGGACCUGAAGCUCGUGGUCCUGAUGCUGACAGGCGAGGUGCAGAACCAGCAGCUGGAGGAGGCCCAGAGAGCCAUCCUGCAGGCCAAAUGCAAGGGUUACUUCUUCGUGAUCCUGGGCAUUGGUAGGAAGGUAAACGUCAAGGAGCUGUUUGGCUUCGCCAGUGAACCAAACGACAUCUUCUUCAAGCUCGUGGACAAGUCUACUGAGCUCAACGAAGAGCCUCUGAUGCGCUUCGGGAGGCUGUUGCCAUCCUUCAUCAGCAGUAAAAAUGCUUUUUACCUGUCCCCAGAUAUCAGGAAACAGUGUGAUUGGUUCCAAGGGGACCAACCGGCAAAGAAUCUUGUGCAGUUUGGUUACAAACAAAUAAAUGUUCCGAAUAAUGUUACUUCAAGUCCUACAUCUAAACCAGUGACCACAGCAAAGCCAGUGACCACCACCACCAAACCAAUAACAGUGGUAAACCUGCCGGCCUCAAAGCCAGCUUCCAUGAGACCUGUGGCCGAGAGACCCGUGGCUGGGAGACCCAUGGCCACCAAGCCUGAGGCUGUCAAGUCCAUGGCCACCAAGCCUGAGGCCGCCAAGCCCGAGGCCAUCAAGCCCUUGGCCAAGCCUGUGGCCACCAAGCCCGAGGUCGCCAAGCCUGUGACCACCAAGCUCGUGGGCACCAAGCCAGAGGCCACCAAGCCCGAAGUUGCCAAGCCCGUGGCCACCAAGCUUGAGGCCACCAAGCCUGAGGUUUCGAAGACAGUGAGACCCGCAGUGGUCGCGAGGCCCGCAGGAGCAAAGCCGGCCCCUGCCAGACCCCCUGCUGCUGCCAAGCCCAUGGCCGCAAAGCCUGACACCCCCAGGCCCCAGGCAGCCAAACUGGCUGCCACCAGACCAGCCACUGCUAAGCCCAUGGCACUCCAUCUUGCAGUUAAGGCACCCCGAGAGGUCCACACGUCUGAAAUCACAGAGAACAGCGUCAAACUCCACUGGGAGAGGCCCGAGCCCCCCAGCCCUUAUUUAUACAACCUCACCAUCACCUCGGCCCACGAUCAGUCCCCGGUUCUGAAGAAGAACCUCACGGUCACGGACCUCGUCAUCGGGGGCCUGCUCCCUGGGCAGACGUACCACAUCACGGUGAUCUGUUACCUAAGGUCUCAGAUCAGAGCCGUCUACCAAGGCAGUUUCAGUACAAAGAAAAUUCAGCCUCCAUCUCCACAAACGGUGAGGUCAGCUUCUAGUUCAACCAUCAAUCUAGUGGUGAGUGCAGAACGGCUGGCUGGGAGUAAAACAGAUAUAUGUAAGUUGCCAAAAGAAGAAGGAACUUGCAGGGACUUUAUAUUAAAAUGGUACUAUGAUUCCAUUACUGAAAGCUGCGCCAGAUUCUGGUAUGGAGGUUGUGGUGGAAAUGAAAACAGAUUUGAUUCACAGGAUGAAUGUGAAAAGGUUUGCCCUCCUGUGCUCAUCAAGCCCGGAGUCAUUGCUGCGAUUGGGACCUAAGCGUGGCCGACCAGUGACACAUACCUCUUGAAGAAGAAGGAGUCAGCCAUUGCCAGUCAUCUUUGUAGAAGCUCUGGGUAUAGAUUCCCUUGCACUGUACCAUUUCCUGCUUUGAUUUACACUCGAACUUGGGAGGAAACGUCUGCUGCAUGACCUAUCAAUAUGGUGCUAAAUGUGUCUGUGGAGUCAACCCUCUUUGUCUCCGGGCAAUUACAUUGUAUACUUUGAACGUUGUAUAAUAGUUAUCCACUGCUGGAGUUUAUGUGAAUAUUCCUAUAAAUUCAAAUUCCCUCUGGAGUUUCACAUUAUGCCUGUUACAGGCAAGUGUAAGAUCUAGAAAAUAACCCCCAAUUUCACAGCUACUCUAUAUACUUCUGCUUGGUUCAUUUUUUCCCCCUCUUAAUUAAGCAUGACUUUAGAUGGAAAGCCUGUGUAUAGAGAAAAAACAAAAGUCUAACUUUUCCAUUCCCCUCCCAAUUUCCUGGAUUAGAUUUUGAGCUAAUUUCCUUUUUCUAGAGCUUCUAACAAACAAUCUAGUUAGAAGGAAGCAAAACCCCCUAAUCUCUGUGCACUGUUGUGGGACCAAUGCCUUAAUUAAAGAAUGAAAAGAAAGUCAUAAUAGAGAAGAUUUUUUGGCAUUCCUCUAAUGUUGUGUCUGUGUUGUUUUUUUGGGGGGGGUUAAUUUUAAUUUUAAAAAUUUUAGGAAAUUUAUACAAAGAAACUUUUUAAUAAAGUAUAUUGAAAGUGG